AUGCAAAUCGACACUCUGGCACUUGUUUUAUGUGAGAAGUACUGGUCUUUUGAACCGGGCACAGUUCAACACGGGCGGAUACAAGUGACCACAGUCAACCGCCAACAAGGACCAGACUGCAUCAUCACAACCAUCAAACUACGACAGAGGGAUUGCCCCACUGAUCGGACAGUCACACACUACUAUUACUCCUCGUGGCCAGACCAGGGUGUUCCAAAAGAGCCGGCAUCACUUUGUGCUUUCACUGAUCAUGUGCGACAACAUCUGGAGACUCUCCCCCGCCUCGGGCCGACAGUGGUGCACUGCAGUGCAGGCGUGGGGCGUUCAGGGACCUUUGUGGCUCUGCUGUGGCUCAUGCAGCUCUGUGCUCGAGGGAUCAGACCUGAUGUCAGAGCUGCAGUAGAAGACCUCAGACUGCAUCGCAUGUGGAUGAUACAAAACCUGCAGCAGUAUGUAUUUGUCUAUCAAUGUCUCCGGCAUUGGCUUAAUGCAAGAAUGUCAACAACCAGACCUAUAUGGCAACAACUUCAGAGUCUCAAUUUAAAGCCGAGCCCUCCCAAGCCUGAGCCGCACAGCUCUGCAUCUGCAUCAAAAGGAAAUAAAGUGAGGAAAAAGCACCGCCAACACAGACGCUCCACAUCAGAGCAAGAACAAAUCACAAGUCAACACUUUCUACAUCCUUCAAACUUAUUCAAGAAGCUGUGGCCGUCGUCAACAUUACCAAAGAAAAGUUCAAACACGUCUGCUUUCACACAACUGCCAUACAGAUGA